AUGGAGAUUAUAAACUUAGAUUCAUCCGAUGAUGAUUUGGGGGUUCUGUUUGGGAAAAUCGUCGAUGUUAACAAGGAACGAAGUAUCCAUGUGAUAGAAUCUUCCCCAGUUUCUAAACGACCUAUACUGCCUUUAAACAAACGCCAAAAAGUUGAGAACUAUAUAAGCGAUUAUAAACCUUUAAGUGUGAGGAAGAGUGUGGACGAUUCUCUUGAUCUUAUUAACAUAGAAUCUGAUGAAGAAGAUCUUCUUGUGUCCAAACCAAUUUCUCCAAUAAAGCUGAAAUUGAAUAAUUUAAAGGAUUCUAAUGUUAGGAUCAAGAAAUCAAUAACGUCUUUAACUUUAGGCCAACAUCCUUUAUUUACUCCAGAAUCGGAUCCGUUGUCUGAAAGCAGUUUCAUUUUCCAGCUGCCUCAGCCUGGACUGGAGAAAGAAGAUCUGGUGGUGGGUUUCAAGACAAGUAGCGAGGUAGAUGAGACAAGCAAGACAAGCUCAGAGACAAGCAGGAAGACGACCAAGGAGAAAAGUAACGGGACAAGCAGGGAGACUAGCAUUGAGACAACAAAUAAGACACAAAACAAGACACAAAACAAGACACAAAACAAGAUACAAAACAAGACACAAAGUAAGCCAAACCCAAUUGCAAUCUUCGCCGCAGGAGCUGAUAUAGAUCAGAAAUUACUAGAAAAAGUCAAUAUAAAGAAAAGAGAUAGGGCUGAAUUGAUGAAAGAAAUGAAAAUAAUCAUUCCAGAAUCGAUUUUCGAAUAUGUCAAAUAUGAUUUCCUCAAAGAAUUACUCACCGACGAGGUUGACGAUAAAGGCAAAUGUAUAUCUUCACCCAAUAAGGGCCAAGAUGAAGGGAAAGUAAUUGAAACCACCAAGAUAAUAAAAAUUCCCAGUAAGUCAUCCAUAAUACGAUGGAAAAGAUACAGUGAAGGAAGGUAUGAUGAAACCAAAGAUUUGUUCAUACCUUGUGAUCCUGAAGAUCAACAAGAAAGAGCUACAGUCCUCUUUUAUAUGAUACAGGAUUUCCUUGAAUUGGACGAUUCAGAGAUUCACAAACAAGUCAAUCCCCAUACAACCUUAUUUUUGGGUAAUUAUCAUAGACAUAUCAAUGAAAUCAAAAGAAAAGAGGAGUCGGAUUAUAAGAAUCGAGUUCAAUCCCAACAACCUACGAUCGCAAGCAAGAAAACUUCAGAGAUUCAAGAAAUCGAAUAUAGGAUUAACAAACUACAGUAUCAAUACAAUUUGAAUAUCGUUCUUUUGAGAAGCGGCGAUGAAAUGGCCAGAUACCUUGUGGAUUUGACUUACUCUUUAGCCUUUUCAAAGUAUGAUAGGUAUGAAAGGAAUCCUGAAUUAGGAAACAUCAUCAAACCCAAAACUGGUCAUGAUGAUAAAUCUACAUUCAUUAAGCUGUUGGGAAAUUUCAAAUUUAUGACGGAACCAAAGGUCGAAUUGUUGCACAGCUAUUAUGACAGUUUACCUAAAGUCUAUGAGAAAUUUAAAAAUGGUAAAAAACUAGGUAAUGACGAUGACGGCAGGAAUUUAGUACCACCAUCAAUUGAAGAUGCCAUGAAGAGGUUCUUCACAUCUAAUGACGAAAAUGAGAUAUUUUAUAGUUAA